GAGUUAAGACCCUACUCUCUUCCCUUUGUCGUCUCCGCAACGCAUCGUCAUUAUCGCUGUCACUAUAUAAACCCCACUUUACUCUCUUUUUUUCUUGUUCACUUUCACCCAACCUUAAACCUACCCACCUUUCUUCCAUUCAACAACGCCACCCUCCUCUUCACCUUCCACCAUGUCUAACUUCAAGAGCAAGUACCAUGAUGAGCUUAUUGCCAACGCUGCUUACAUUGGAACCCCCGGAAAGGGUAUUCUUGCUGCUGAUGAGUCAACGGGAACAAUUGGCAAGCGUUUGGCCAGCAUCAAUGUUGAGAACGUUGAAUCCAACAGGCGUGCUCUUAGGGAGCUCCUUUUCACCGCUCCUGGUGCUCUUCAAUAUCUCAGUGGAGUCAUCCUCUUUGAGGAAACCCUCUACCAGAGCACAGCUGCAGGCAAGCCCUUUGUGAAUGUCUUGAAGGAGGCUGGUGUGCUUCCUGGUAUCAAGGUUGACAAGGGCACAGUUGAGCUUGCUGGAACUAAUGGUGAAACCACCACUCAAGGUCUAGACGGCCUUGGUCAGCGUUGCGCCAAGUACUAUGAGGCUGGUGCCCGUUUCGCCAAAUGGCGUGCCGUGCUGAAGAUUGGCCCCAACGAGCCAUCUCAGCUGGCCAUCAAUGAGAACGCCUACGGCUUGGCCAGAUAUGCUGUAAUCUGCCAGGAGAAUGGGCUGGUUCCCAUUGUGGAGCCUGAGAUCCUUGUUGAUGGAGCUCAUGACAUUAACAAGUGUGCAGAUGUCACCGAGCGUGUCCUUGCAGCAUGCUACAAGGCUUUGAAUGAUCACCAUGUCCUUCUUGAGGGUACCCUAUUGAAGCCAAACAUGGUGACCCCUGGAUCUGAUUCUCCAAAGGUUUCCCCUGCGGUGGUUGCUGAGCACACUGUUAGGGCCCUUCAGAGAACAGUGCCAGCUGCAGUUCCAGCUGUGGUUUUCCUGUCUGGUGGUCAGAGUGAGGAGGAGGCAUCCCUCAACCUCAAUGCCAUAAACCAGGUCAAGGGGAAGAAGCCAUGGUCACUCUCUUUCUCCUUUGGAAGGGCACUUCAGCAGAGCACCCUUAAGGCAUGGGGCGGAAAAGAGGAGAAUGUGAAGAAGGCUCAGGAUGCCCUUUUGGUGAGAGCCAAGGCUAACUCAGAGGCAACUCUGGGAACCUACAAGGGUAACAAAGAUCUUGGUGACGGUGCCUCAGAGAGCCUCCAUGUUAAGGACUACAAGUACUGAUCAAAGUUGGUGUUGUUUUAAAGACUAGUGCGGGUAGGAAUCGGUAUCUUAUGGGUACAACCCCACGUUAUUGAGUAUUAUGGUUUGAACCGUCCCAGAAUAAUCGUUUGAAAUUUUGCUUUUUGUUUUCCUACCUUUAUAUCAUUUUAGUUCCAGUGUAUUGGUCAAACCUGUGCAAAAGGGAGGGUGUAACUUUGUUUUGUUGAAAGACACCGGGCUCAUUCAAUGAGGCUUUGUUUUUAUUUUGCAAUUAUCUGCCUUUGUUUUCAUAUUUA